UCCUGUUAAGAAAUUAACUAGGUACACAAGAAAAUAUGCAUAGGAAAUAAAUUUAUAGAAAGUAAUAUUUCAAGAUGAAGUUAUUUGCAAUAACCGUAUUUCUAAGUUUCAUUGUUGAACUUGUUUCAGAAGAUGGUUCUUGUGAUAAAGAAAAAGGCUGCAACUCAAAUCAGGAUCGACCCAAGAUAUUUGAAGGUGAUCCUGUAACCAGACUAAAACAUUUCAAGGAUAUCAACAACCUUCCACCAUUAAACGAUCCCCUUUACCUCAUUCCUGAUGGUCAGCACCCGCAAGUAAUAUGGUGGUACCCUGACAUUUACAUGCAUCGUGACCACAAUAAAAUAAAAUGCCCACUGGGAACAUGUUCAGUGACAAAUGAUCAAAAUGAGUUAAAGAAUCCUUUAACACGAGGAUUUAUAUUUUAUGGAACUUCUUUUCGAGCAGAUGAAUUGCCAUUACCUCGCUUGCCUCAUCAUGAAUGGGCUUUGUUUCAUGAAGAGUCGCCAAAAAAUAAUUGGAUAUUUUCUUCAGAUGUAGGGAUAAGCUUAUUUAAUCACACAGCUACGUUUCGGAGAGAAUCCGAUUAUCCGAUUUCAACGCAGUUUAUACGUGAUCCCGAUGAAUGGCUUGAAAAUAAAUAUUUUGUGAAUCUGACGGAGAAGAACAGAUUGCAAAAAGAGGAAGGACUUGCACCGGCCGUGUUUGUGCAACGUGAUUGUAACCCUCCAUCUGACAGAGAUACUUACAUUGAGGAACUUAUGAAACACCUAAAAAUCGAUUCAUUCGGUCGUUGUCUAAAUAAUAAAAACAUGCCAAAAGAAAUUGACGGUUUUCAUAAGCUAUCAACAGACGAGUAUUAUCACUUUCUAGCGAAAUACAAAUUUCAACUCGCUUUCGAAAAUUGUGUAUGUCAGGAUUAUAUGACUGAAAAGGUAUUCCGACCGCUUACCAUCGGAUCUGUACCGAUUUAUUUCGGUUCCUCAAAAAUUCACGACUUUAUGCCGACCAAAAAAGCUGUAAUUGUCGCUACGGAUUUCGCUUCACCGAAGGAAUUAGCUGAGUAUAUAAUGGAACUUAAUCUUGACGAUAACAAGUACAACGAAUAUUUAAAGCAUCGUAUCGAACGUAAAUUCUCGAAUGAAGAGUUUAAGAAAUCUCUCCUGAGACAACCGUGGGUCUUACCAAGUAGGCAUCACAAACCAAAUUUUGGUUCAUACAUGUUUUCUGGUUUCUCUUGUUACGUGUGCGAUCGAUUACUUGAACGAAACAAUCGCUUACGAGAACAUCUUAAAGAUCCCACAGUGCCUCCACUACCAAUCAAAAUUGCAAAUUCCUCUCACAUGGGUUGCCCUUCUCCUAAACCGAUAUUACCGAACAGCUCCCAAAAGUAUGCAGACAUUGUCUAUAAAUUUGGAGAAAAAGAAGCUAAGCCAUUAUUACGAAUGCUACUGGCGAACGAAACAGAUACAACGAAAUGGAAAGAUUAUUUGCAAAUAAAAACAGACAAAUACCCGUGAAAAACACUAACUAACUAAACCGUAAUACAUCGAACCAGAGUAGUUUUUAUUUAUUUGUUUAUUUAUUUUAUUUAUGAUUCCUAAACCUUUUUUAAAAACAUGGCACUAUAUUUAUUCCACUAAUAGGGUUAUUAUAUAUUUUUAUAAUUUGGUAUAGGCUUUUUGGGCCUUAAAAGUAUAGGGAAUUGGUAGCAGUUUCUUUUUAGAGAGUUUAAUAUGGGGUUUUAACAAAUGUCUAAUAACUUGUGACGUCAUUAAAAGGUGAAUUCAAACUUUUUGGAUUUAAUUAAGAAAAUAUAAAAAUUCGAAUUUGUCGCUGACACUUUCUGUCUUCCUCCCCAUACCAGGUAAACGUAUUGAAAUAUGGUGUCUUCUAUCUUUAUUUGGUAGAAAAGCUGAUUUCUGUACAUGUGGUUGGUUAAAAACAUUUUACCUUGUUGACUUAAAAAGGGCUGCAAUAUUUUCCACAUGAUUUUGUAAUUUAAACAAAUCAUUGUUAUGAACUAUCAGUAAUUCCUAUCGAUGUUACAAAAUACAAAAUAUCAAAAAUGUGUAACAACUUACGGUGUUUAUGUUCAAUUUUUUUCUCUCUAUUUUUUUUUUUCGUAUAAUAUUUUUCUUCUUUUUUUUUCCACGUGCACUUUUGUAGACAAAUCUUGUUAAAAUGUUUCAUGCAUAGACAUGGUUGUCAUAGAAACGAACAUGUUAAUUCGACCCCAUCUUUCCGACAUUUGACGUACGCCGGGUUUUUUUUCUCUUUCAGGAAUUUUUAAUUCGAUUGUGCUUAUCAUUUUUAAAAUUUUAGUAUUUAGGUAUGCUUUUAAUAUCCAUCCACUAGUGAUAAGCUUUUGAGACUUUUUCGGACAUUUCUUUUGUCCAAAAGUUUUCUCGAGCGAUAUUCUGUGUUUUUUCUUCUCUAUUUGGAACAGACAGCUGAUAAAUGAUUUUUGGAUUCAAAAGAUAUUUUGAAGCUUGACCCAGAUGCCAUAUCUAUGUUUUUAUUUUCUUGCCUAAACCAAUUGAUUUACAUUAAUCGUGUAUUUUAAUACUUUAAGACUAAGUAGACUGGACUGGAAAGAUUUUAAUAAGGUAUGUCCCAUAACUGGACAGAUACGUUUUUUUUUGUUUUUUUUUGAAAAAUCUAAAUUUAUAGUUUUCACGGUUUUUCUCCCAAGAAUAUUCAAAGUUUUCUAGGUCUGUUAAAACACCCUGAUUUUUUUUACUCUUCAGGGGUGUGUCUAAGUCUCACGUUUAUCAUAAACAUCCGUAUUAAGCCGACGUCAAAUAUCCUAUUUCCGCCUAUUUAAUUUCCGUCUACUUAAAACCAGGGGAUAAGAACAUCUUUAACACCCGCAACAUGCGUUUAUUAACUUGUAUAGUGAUUCUGAGUCUUUAACCUAAAAUAAAGCUUCAGUAUUUACUAUCAACACAGUCGCGAUGAUUGUGAAGUCACUUUAAACCUGUUUAAUUUGACAUUAAAAGUUACGGAGGAAGGGGACGAGAGGAUCACACUACAACACAUCAUUGAAAGGUUUUAAGUAAUAGUUUUUCAUCUUUUGUAUCUAUGAAGGAAUGAGUACUGUGUUUUUAGGAAAAAAAUUUUUGGCAAAACAGAAUACACGCUUUUACAAAUCUAUUUAAA